AUGGGCUCGAGGCCAGUGUUUCCCGCCGCCGGCGGGCUCCCGGCGCUGAUCGUACUGGCGGUGGCGGUGCUGCUGUCGCCGGCCUACGCCACCGUGUGGUACGACCACAAGGCCAUCACUGUGAACGGGCAGCGGAGGAUCCUCAUCUCUGGCUCCAUCCACUACCCGAGGAGCACGCCCGAGAUGUGGCCGGAUCUCAUCCAGAAGGCGAAAGAUGGGGGCUUGGACGUCAUCCAGACCUAUGUGUUUUGGAAUGGGCACGAGCCUUCUCCUGGAGAGUAUUAUUUCGAAGGGAGGUAUGACCUGGUUCACUUCAUCAAGCUCGUACAGCAAGCUGGACUCUUCGUUCAUCUCCGCAUUGGCCCCUAUGUUUGUGCUGAAUGGAAUUUUGGGGGUUUUCCUGUUUGGCUAAAAUAUGUUCCUGGAAUCCGUUUUAGAACAGAUAAUGAGCCUUUCAAGGCGGCGAUGUGGAACUUCACGGACAAGAUCGUGAGCAUGAUGAAGUCGGAAUCGCUAUACGAGUGGCAGGGUGGUCCAAUCAUCCUUUCUCAGAUUGAGAAUGAGUUCGGACCAUUGGAGUAUGAUCAGGGAGAGCCCGCGAAGGCUUAUGCGGCCUGGGCUGCUAAUAUGGCAGUUGGUCUCAACACAGGGGUCCCCUGGGUCAUGUGCAAAGAAGAUGAUGCUCCUGAUCCAGUUAUAAACACCUGCAAUGAUUUCUACUGUGAUUAUUUCUAUCCAAACCAGCAUUACAAACCAACGAUGUGGACCGAAGCUUGGACUGCUUGGUACACAGCGUUUGGGAGUCCAGUCCCUCACCGACCCGUUGAGGAUCUGGCCUUUGCUGUUGCAAGAUUUAUUCAAAAAGGUGGAUCUUUUGUUAACUACUAUAUGUACCAUGGAGGAACAAACUUUGGUCGAACGGCUGGUGGCCCCUUCAUUGCAACUAGCUAUGACUAUGGUGCUCCAAUCGAUGAAUAUGGUCUACUAAGACAACCACUUUGGGGCCAUUUGAGGGACCUCCACAAAGCAAUCAAGUUGUGUGAACCAGCAUUGGUGUCUGGUGAUCCUGUGGUGACGUCACUAGGAAUAACUCAACAGUCAUAUGUUUUCAGGUCACAGUCGGGAGAUUGUGCUGCUUUCCUCGCUAACUUUGACUCAGGGUAUUAUGCAAGGGUAGCUUUCAAUGGAAUGAACUAUGAUCUCCCUCCUUGGUCCGUAAGCAUUCUUCCUGACUGCAAAACAACAGUUUUCAACACUGCAAUGGUAGGAUCUCAGACCUGGGUGACGAACAUGGAAUGGGUCGGAGGGUUUUCAUUCCAGUCAUAUGAUGAAGAGACAAGCUCCUACAAUGAUAACUCGUUCACCACUGUUGGGUUGUUGGAGCAGGUAAACAUGACAAGGGAUAAUACAGACUACCUCUGGUACACAACAUAUGUUGACAUAGGCCAGGAUGAACAAUUUCUAAAGAAUGGACAAUAUCCUGUCCUCACGGUGAUGUCAGCUGGUCACUCUUUGGUGGUUUUUAUCAAUGGACAACUGACAGGGACGGCAUAUGGUAGUGUAGAGGAUCCAAGAUUGACAUAUACAGGAAAUGUGAAGCUGUGGCAAGGCAGCAACACAAUUUCCAUUUUAAGUGCAUCUGUCGGACUCCCAAAUGUGGGAGAGCAUUUUGAGACUUGGAAUGCUGGUGUUCUUGGUCCAGUGACAUUAGAUGGUCUUAAUGAGGGAACAAGGGACCUUACAUGGCAGAAAUGGACUUACAAGAUUGGUUUGAAAGGUGAAUCUCUGAGUCUUUAUUCACUUACCGGAAGUUCCUCUGUUGAGUGGGGUGAGCCAUAUCAAAAUCAGCCACUAACAUGGUACAAGGCUUUCUUCAAUGCACCAGAAGGUAAUGAGCCAUUGGCUAUAGAUAUGAGUAGCAUGGGUAAAGGUCAAGUAUGGAUUAAUGGACAAAGCAUUGGUCGGUACUGGCCUGGUUACAAAGCUUAUGGUACUUGUGGCAAUUGUGAUUACCGUGGAGAGUAUGAUGAGAAAAAAUGCCAGACUAACUGUGGAGAGUCCUCUCAAAUAUGGUAUCAUGUUCCUCGCUCCUGGCUGAAUCCAACUGGGAACCUAUUGGUGGUAUUUGAAGAGUGGGGUGGUGACCCUAAAGGUAUUUCCAUGGUGAAGAGAACCGUAGGAAGUGCUUGUGCUGACAUUUCUGAAUGGCAGCCUGCAAUGAAGAAUUGGCAUACCAAAAACUAUGGGAGAUCAAAAGUCCAUCUAUCUUGUGAUCAUGGUCGGAAGAUAACAAAGAUAAAGUUUGCUAGCUUUGGUACUCCACAGGGAGUCUGUGGAAGCUUCUCAGAGGGAAGCUGCCAUGCCCAUGAAUCAUAUGAUGCUUUCGAGAAGAAUUGUGUUGGCCAGGAAAAGUGCUCAGUCACCAUAGUUCCUGAGGUUUUUGGAGGUGACCCCUGCCCUGGAACUAUGAAGAGGAUUGCAGUCGAGGCUCUCUGUGGAUAACAGACCAAGAACAUCUAUUAAAUUAAAAAAAGAAGAAGAUUAGAUUAUAUUCCGAUUUCCUAUAUAUACACCAUUGAUUACAGAUUCUUAGUUUCCAUGACAACCAUACACAGUUGAGAUCUAGAAUCUUUCAUUUUUGGCCAUGAUGGUGAAGUUGCAGAAACUGCGGCAUGCUGAUGGUCAGAAGGAUACUGGUUGCUGAAGAUUGGAGAAGCUAUUUAUGUACAUUAGGUUAGCUGCUUUUGUCAACUACAUGGAGAAGAUUGGUGGUGUUUCAGGAUAGAGUGCACGAGGCUCUGCAUAUAUUUGAGUCCUGUAAAACUCCAGGCAGCUAAAAAGCUCGAGGGGCAAAGUCCAAACCACUAGUUUGUGGUGAAUUCUGAUUUUUUUUUUUUUUUUAAUUUUUAACUUUAGCCAAAAGCAAUUAGUGGAUGAAAUUGGAACUGGUACCCAUUUCUUUAUUUGUCAUUGUAUGAAACAAAAAUCAUACUGCUUCAACUUGAAAUAUUACUGAUUUUUAAUAAACAGGUUGGA